AUGGCAGCAUCAGAAGGAUCGUUCUUCAUCCCCAAGAGCAAGUCAGCAACUAAGUUCCUCCCCGACGCUCCUCCUGCUCUCACCGUCUGCUCCGGCGCGAUCGUCUCCUUCGAAACCACUGACAUCUCCUACGAGAGGCUGAGCAGAGGGGAGCAGGUGGAGGUCGAGGAGAUCAACAUCGUUACUGGACCUCUGUACGUCAAGGACGCUCAGCCAGGAGACUGUCUGGAGGUAGAGGUGUUGGGUAUCGAGAUUACAAGGUGCUGGUCAGUAUGGAUAGCAGACGAACGCGUCUGCGGCUGCCUGGCGUCCAAGCUAGCAGCUACUGGACGGAGCAGCAGCGUGAGGGAGCUCGAGCUGCGAGGAGGAAGUCAUGUGAUGGUCAGCGACAGGUUGCAGCUUCCUCUUAAGCCCAUGAUCGGAUGUAUCGCUACUGCUCCUGCUCCUCACUCCUCCCACGCCUUCGGCUGCGGCUGCUCCACUUUCGAGCCGACGUACGAGCAUGGCGGCAACAUGGACCUGAAGGAGCUCAGCACAGGAAGCAAGGUCUUACUCCCUGUGCUGUGCGAGGGGGGUAUGCUCUACGUUGGGGAUCUACAUGCGUGCAUGGCAGCGGGGGAGCCAGCAUGGGUCGGGUUCGAAGCAGCUGGAGUCGCCAGGGUGAGGGACGUGAUCUUCACUGCUGUAGGGACAGAUCACGAGGACGCGCUGCAGAAGGCGCUGGAGCAGGCGUACGACCAUCUGACUGGAAAGGAAGGGAGUCUGCCGGACAGUGGCAACCAGGUUCUGACAGCGGAGGAAGCGUUUGCCUACUGUGUGGCGAAAGCCGACGUGCGGUUUGGGGGCCCUGCUUCCCGUCAAGUGCUGAUCAAGGUGUCUGACGUGUCUCAGUUCAUCGUGUGA